CAUAUUUUAUUAGCCUAAGACGUAAAUCACCCUGUAUUUCUAUGAUAAUCGAUCUACAGCCAUCUUUACAGUAAGCUAUCAAAUUAGGCAAUCACCAUGGUCACUAAAGUAUGACUAAAGUUUUGUCAAUAAUCAAACACCUUUCAUAAUAUCCAAACAAUUAUGUCUAAUAUUUUUGAAAUUGAAAAACUAGUUGAAUUAUUUAAUGUAGCUUCAGCAGAAGAUGAACUUGAAGAUAAUAAAUGUAAUACCAGCGAUAUCCAAUGUACCUCGAAUGAAAAUAAGAAUCGAAAUGAUAAAGAAAUCAAGAAAAAGCAGAGUCCUUAUGAUAAACUUAAACCACCCGAACGAAAAGAACAUUUAGAUCCAGAAGCUGAUGAUUUUGACACAUUCGUUGAAUCAUCUGGAAUUUCCUCUCAGGAUUGGAAGAAAACGCCGAAGUGGGACAUAUCCUACAGGCAAAGUGUCACAGCUACCGAUGUAUUUUUAGGGAUGGGCUUCAAAAAUCCUUCAACCUCAAGCUGCGAAAACAUGGUUGUUACCAUUGAUUUACCAGGGGAGAGUCGACAGAACGUGGACUUGAAAGUGGAAAAAGAAAAGCUUAUUUUGAUUUCGCCAAGGUUUUUCUUAGACAUAAAGCUACCCCAGCCGGUUGAUCCAAAGAAAGGCAACGCUCAGUUUGAUGCUAAUGAAGAAAAACUAAUCGUCACAUUGAUAAUGGAUAGAGAAUUAGAUUUAGUAAACUUUUAAUUUUGUUUGAAUAUAUUUUUAAAUUAAACAAUUCUAGUUUUUAAUAUCAAACAAAAUAGUUUUACGUCUUUUAUGUGUGUUUU